AGAUAAAGGAGAAGAAAUGAAAUGAAAUUUUAACGCAAAAUAUUUCUCAAUAAAUUGAUGAAAAACAGAAAGAAAUGGAGAAAAAUGUGAAUAAAAUACCUAAAUAUCCUUGUACUGUGAACGUAAGGAAGAAAAUAAAAAUAUAAUAACUAUUUCUCUUAUAAAAAAAAUUAUAUUUAUCUACUUUUCUAAUAAUUCAUCCUAACAAUAUAAAGUAAAUUUCAUCUUUUUUCUUUUCUCUUCAUUUCUCCUCUUUUAUUUCUCUAUUAUUCCCCUGCUAAGUUAAGAUCCGAGCAAAGGGUAACGGAUUUAAGAUAAUGGUUCGAGCUGAAGGUUUACCUUAGAAGCCUGAAUGUUGGAAUGACGUACUUUGUUUCCAGACUCGCGUUUCAAAGAAUCCCCUACUCAUUUUUCGAGUAAAUUCAAGCCCUAUUAAUUAGGUAAAAAAAUAAAAUCAAAAUCAGGAGCAAAAAGGAACUUACUGAGAACAAGUACCGGAGCGUGCAUCUUUUCUCUACUCGUCUUCUCGUAUUAAAAGGCGGAUGUUUGUAUCAAUCCAAGUAGAAAAGCAACUUCGUCGAAGGCUGCGGUAGUAGUGGUGAUCGAAGGCGGUGGUCGGUGCUGGUAACGAAGUUGGUUGAGAUCUCAGACGGCGGAGAUAAAAUGGCUAGGCGAGGCCAAGAAUGAACUGGAAGCCUGGAACUGAAAAAUGGAAGGAGACGAGGAAUUUAAAUUUAUUGCCCUGUCUUACGGCGUCGCUUCGUGUACACCGUUUGGACGCUGGAUUAGAGAAGUCGAUCAGGACAUUAUUAUUGUUACUGGAACAGUGCGUACAGUGUUUUCUCCUCUUUACCGUCUAGACAUCGUUUCUUCGUCCAAUUGCUUGGUUCCUAUACCCUCCAGUCUCCUCUUCACUGGAACACACAGAAAUAGAAGAUGUCAGCAUUCAUGGUAUUUCAAUCUAAAAUCAGUCCCUCUCUAAAACCCUCAAAUUUCACUUCACAAAACCUCCUUAAGGCCCCAAUCUUUUCUGUCAAACCCAAAUCCUUAUAUUUGCACGUUAACUUGCCUUCUAGUCUCAAAGUUAUUCAGACCACUGUAAAGCUCACCCUUUCAGCUUCAGCAGCUGACCCAAUUUUCUCUGAGGAAGAAACACCCACAGAACCCUACUUCACGAAUUCAUGGUGGGGUACUGGCUUUUAUUCUUGGAGGCUUGGAGUGGUGGUGAAGCCGAUGGAGAAACCGAGGAUAGCAUUGAAGUUUAUUUGGAUGCAUAAGGCAAUUGAUGUUGCGUUAGACCAAGUGAUACAAGGGUUUGUAAUGCCUUCGAGUCCCUGCUACUUCUGGUCCAAGGAAGAUGCCUGGGCCUGGGACCAGCUUAAAAUGUUGCUUGAAAGCAAGCCCCGGAUAUCCCGGAAGCAAAUGCAUAUCCUUCUCAAUCACGCUACUGAUAUCAUCAACUUGUGGAAAGAAAGUAGUUGCAAUUCAUAGCAAGUUAAAUAUCCCGGAAAAAAAAAAAAUGGAAGUUAGAAGCAGUGUGGACAGUUUGGUCCAUAUUGAAAAGGUCAGGAAUUAAGAUUGCCUUGUUGUAAGCUCUUAAAUUAAAGUUGUUUCAAGUUUCGACUGCUUGCUUUCUUUCUUGUUGAAAGUAUAUGAAAUGUCUGGUUUAUAUAUACAUUUGAUAGGUGUGCAUUGCAUAAUGUGUUAAGAGUUCAUUUUUGAAGAA